GGGGCGGCCACGGAGUCGGGGAGCGCGGUCGGCGGGAGGCGGAGCGGGCGUGCCAAACAGGUGUGCACACAGUUUAUGCAGUGUUGGGGGGACUGAACCCGGCGCUGCUUCAUACACGUUAGGCGAGAACAUUCCCGGCGGGGCUACGUCCCAACCCUGUGAUAGAUGGACGGCUUUCAUGGGUUACGGAACAGAGAUGCCAUUGAGAGCCCUCGCUGCCCGGGUGAGGCGAGAUCGGCUCUCGGGUUGCACACUGUUCUUGAAAGAGAAGUAGCUGACCCGCUGGCACCUGGAACCCAGCACCCAGGAGGUGAACCCAGACGGACCUGAGGAGGAGCCUGUGUCCUGUGUCCUUGGGAGGCUGCUCACUGCGGGAUCAAGAUGACCACAGCCACCACUUUGGGGGACGCUGUCUUCUCGCUGAACAUGACCAGAGGAGAAGACUUCCUGUAUAAGAGUUCUGGAGCCAUCGUGGCUGCCAUCGUGGUGGUGGUCAUCAUCAUUGUCGCCUUGGUUCUGAUCCUGCUGAAGAUGUACAACAGGAGAAUGAGGACCAGGCGGGAGCUGGAGCCCAAGAGCCCGAAGCCACCUGUGCCUCCUGCCCUGGACCCAAACAGCAACGGUGGCCAGCAGCCUGCGACUGUGACCUUCAACCCUGCAGACAACCAAGUGGAGACUCGGUGACCCUGCUCCACGCCAUCCCUGCCUCUGCAGAGCUUUUACGACCCAGAAACACUCUUCUGGCAGCUUCACUGAGUUCUUUCUGGUUGGGUAAACUGAGGCACCUUUCAUAUAGCCCCUGCAGCUUGAAGCCAUCCUUAACUAUGUUCUGCUCUGGCCUCCCAGCUGUGUCCAUAUCCCUGCUGCCACUGUACCAAAGAGCUAAGGACAUUCUUUAGGACAUUGUCACCUGAUGAGAAGCACCCUGCUGGGGAUACUGGUGUGAGUCUGUUUGUUGCCCCACAAAUGCUACAGCUAGACAGCUAAACAAAUAGACAGACAGACAUCCGAGUGUUCUGGUCAGGGGUCAGGGAGUGCUAAUGAUAAUGUCACCCAGGGUCUGCCACUGGGAGCAUCUUGAGCGUCAUAUCCACAACUUGGCGGAACAGAUUCUCAAUCCCAUGUCAGGUGCAAGGAAACUAACUUGGACUAACUAAGCACAAAACCAACUUGGUAAUGACUAACCUAUUCCAGGACUAGAUGACCACUAGCCAGCUCAUGAUGGCUGGUUAGAUCGCUCUUCCCCCUUAAGGGACAAAGGGUACAAGAGGCUGGACUUGGUGGCACAUGCUUGUCAUCUCAGCACUCAGUAGAGGCAGGAACAUUGUGAUUACAAGGCCAGCUUUGGCUGCACAUGGAGAUAUUUAACUAAAAAAAAAAAAAUUACAGAAUAAACAGUGCUCUCCAAAAAAUUCUACUUUAUUAAUAGUCAGGAGAAGAUGUCCCAAGGAGCAGAGGCUAUCUCUAGGGUGAGGGGCAGAGGCUAGCUCUAGGAUGAGGGGCAGAGGUUAGCUCUAGGGUGAGGAGCAGAGGCUAGCUCUAGGGUGAGGAGCAGAGGCUAGCUCUAGGGUGAGGAGCAGAGGCUAGCUCUAGGGUGGGGAGCAGAGGCUAGCUCUAGGGUGAGGAGCAGAGGCUAGCUCUAGGCUGAGACAUUGUUACGAUGCCCAUGCCUGGGUUGUGUGGUAGCUGCUCAAGAGACCCUUCCUUCUGCCCCAGGUGGACUAACCCCGCUCCUCAUUUUCUGGCUCCCUUUUAUUUGGGUGCUAAGCUCCCUUGAGAGUCCCCUUGCCUCCUGGACAAGCCUUUUGAGGCCCAUUAAACUCUGCAUUUCCUGUGUCCUUCCUGCACCUUGCAGAGACAGUGAACGCACACAGAGACAACCGAUCCUCUGUGCCAGCUGACCUCCAAGCUCUGGGCCGGAAGACGGUCCACUAGCAGGGACAAACAUUUGGAAUUAAGAUUGACAUCCACGCUGUACUCUCUUAUUGACCUUGAAAAGGUGAUUCCAAGGCUCAUGUGAUGACUCAGUGGGUACAUGUAACCAAGUCUGACCACCUAAGUUCGAUCUUCAGGACCCACACGGCGGAGAAGAGAACGGGUUCCUGUAAACUACCCUCUCGUGUCUACAUGUGUGUUGUGGUGCACCACAAACACAAUAAACAAAUUAAAUAUAA